UCAUCAACUGAUUGUUUUAGAAUUGGUAUAUGUUGUUUACAUUACUGAGAUGGAGAGGCCUAGCUGUGUAGUCGUUCGGAUUGGACGAAAAAGCAAGGUCCCAUGUACACAUUGGCUUGCAAGUAAAAUAUCCCUUGACAGUUGGAAUUCAAUAUAAGAGUAGGCCGUAGUGCUGCUAUCCGGGCAUAAUUUCCCUCAUGGCACACUGUAUGGCGUAUGCCCGUCUUCAUUAGCCCAGUUCGGAGCAGAACAGUAGGACGUUAAACCCCAUUUCAUUUCAUUUCUGUUUAAUUUCAAUAAUUUCUGUUAAUAACUUCUAGAGUUAUGUCCCUUAUUUCACUUUGUUGCACCUUGUUGCACUUUGUGAUUAGUGAAACUACGAAGCCUAUUGAAUUAUAGCAAUUUACGAUAAUUACUUCUAGAGUUAUGGCCCUUGUUUUACUUUGUUCACUAUUGUUAAUGCUCGAUUGAUGAGAGGUAUCAUCUGAUGUGUAUGAAAUUUAUAUGGAUCAUUUAAAUUUGUGAAACGGAGGUCUAUUGAAUUUCAGCAAAUUCUGUCAAUUAUUUCUAGAGUUAUGACCCCUGUUUUACUUUGUGAACCUUGUGAACAUUAAAAUGACAAAAGUUAUCAUCUAAUCUGUAUGAAAUUUAUAUGCAUUAUUUAAAUUAGUAAAAAUGAAAAAGCCUGUCAAAUUUCAAAAUUUUCUGUUAAUUACUUCUGGAGUUGAGGCCCUUGUUUUAAUUUGUAGAACCUUGUUAACCCUCAAACGACAAAAAUUAUGAUUUGAUCUGUAUGAGUGUCUUGUAAAUACCCCCAAUUACCUACAAAGAAUAAAUAUAAGACAACCCUUGUCAACCACUUAGAUGAUUUAGCUGCUGUGUGUGCAUGUUUCUUUGCCUGGCCACCUAUCUUUACUUGUUUUAGACCUAUUGCGAGGAUUUUACCAGGAUUUGUAUUAACAACAGUUAAUGAAGAACACAAAUCGUUACGUAGAUUACUUAAUCCAGUAUUUAGCAGAGCAGUUGUAGAUUCUUUCAUCAGUGUAUUUGAACAGGCAACAAAACGAGUGAUAGAGAACUGGAAUGUGGAGCUUAAAGACAAUAAUAUUUGUGAAAUUGAAGCGCAGCAAUAUAUGUGUAGAUUGGGUAUUGAUGCCAUAUGUGAAUGUGGUUUUGAUUAUAAAAUGAAUUCUGUAUCAGAACCCCAUGCAGCUGGUGUUAUGAGUUUUAGAAGACUAUUGGUAUCGUUCCGUACAAGGUUGGUUGAUAUGAUCCCUUUCUUCAAUAAAUUACCAUUUAAGGAUAAUAUACAAAGAAGAGAAGAUUUGAAGUUCUUCAAGAAAAGUAUCAACAAUAUGAUAGCAGAAAAGAAAGCGAUUAUUAACAACACACAAAAGGAGAAGACAAAUAAAAAAAACGAAGAUAUACUGAGUAUAUUAUUGAAGGCAAGAGAUGAAAAUGAUAAAGGAUUGUCCGAUGAUUCUCUUUCUGCACAAAUUGGUGGCUUUCUGUUUGCUGGAUUUGAGACAACAAGUACAGCUUUAACCUGGAUAUUGUUAAACUUGGCAGAGCAUGAAGAUGUACAGGAUAAAGUACGAGCAGAAAUACAACAAGUACUGCCAUCUAGUGACCAGCCUUUAACUAGAACAGAUUUUGAUAAACUGACUUAUAUGGUUUGUGUUAUCAAUGAAACAUUGAGGUUAUUUCCACCAGCUACUGUUUACUUCCGUCAAUCAGUUAAAGAUGAUACAUUAAACGGAUAUUUUAUACCGGCUAAGACUAUUAUUGGUGUUAGUGUUAGCGGUUUACACAGACACCCUGACAAUUGGGAAAAUCCAGAUUCUUUCAUUCCUGAAAGGUUUCAGGAGGAGUAUGACCAUUACAAAUUUAUGCCUUUUGCUCAUGGGCCAUUGAUGUGUAUUGGAAAAAGAUUUGCUAUGACUGAAAUUCAAACAGUUCUCACUUUAUUGUUAAGAUCCUUCAAGUUUCAUAAAGCCCCCUCUUAUAAAUACCGUCGAAUUCAAAAUCUUACAAUGGUGCCUAAUCCUCCUCUUGUACUGAGGAUUGAAAAGAUUUAAAUUGUCUUGGUCUUUCAGUAUGUUAACAAAUAAAAAGGACAUAUGAAACGCGUCUUGGGUCCUAAUGAUCUCAGGACAUGUCUAUUGGACAAUAACACCCCUCUAAAUGCGAAACAGGAGGUGUUUAUCUCCUAAAUAAUAAUCAAAAGUGAUUAAUUAGAUGGUAAUAAUAUGUAUCCUUGGUGACAUAACAGUGGUAUAUAGUUAUGUGACUGGAUAGCUUUCUAUUGUUAAAACCAUUUACAGAUAUUGGUCAUUUUAAAACUGUGUGACAUGCCAGUGUAAUUAAUUAACAACCAUUUAUAUAAAUCAUGCCAAUUGUAUUUAUUUCAUGACACAACCCUUUCGUGUUUUAUAAUAUACUGUACAUUUGUAAAUAAAUAAAUUAGUAUAGCAUUUUAUUUUGCUUAUAUUAAACUUAUAUAUAUAUAAUAAUAAUAAAAAUAAGAGUUAUGUUUUCUUAUAUUAAUAUAAUACUAAAUCUAUGAGAGUACAGUUUGAUACUGAAAAUAUAUGAGUCUUUUUUUUUGCCAUUUCUAACAAUUUUGGCAUAUUUAUUCCUUAUACCGUAAGGAUAGCAACUAUAUAUUUUGGUGAAUGUCAAUCAAAGGAGGAAUGUGGACAUAUAUUGUAGCGGUAACAAUGCUUUUGUUUUAAAAAUAAUUAAACGUAAAAAUGGAUGAUUGAGGCUAGACUAAAAUUCAAAAGCUAAUAUCUUAGUUCAGAAUGGAGCAAUAUAAUCCAUGAAGGUCAAUUAUGUCCUCUAGUACAACCUGAAAUUUUUCACCUGAAGCUUUAUUAUCAUUAUAUAUUAUUUUUCUUUUAGUGAAAUAAUAUAAUACUAAUUCUAAGAUGAUUUUUUUUUUUUUUUUUUUUUUGCUGCAUAGAUGUAUGUUCAUCAUUUGUAAUAAUUUGGGUAUUAUGCUUAAAGAUGUAUUCCCUCAAGGUCAUUUAGUGCAACUUGAUUUUUUUUUUCUUCUAAACUUAAGCUGUAUUAACCAUGAAUUGUU